GUCAUUCGUUAGUGAGACGAGGAGGCUGAGAGGGUGCAGAGACACUGCAAGAUGAAGAGUGUGAUGAUAUUGGUGGUUUUGGUGUGUUGUUUGGUGUUGGCGGGCGCAGCACCACAAUUCGGAGGCGGCUCGAGCCGCUGCCGUCCGGGCAGUGUGGUACAGAGGGACUGUAACACGUGCACGUGCUCCUCUACCGGGGUCCUCGGCUGUACGCUGAAGGCCUGUGUCGGAGGAGGCGCCUCCGGCGGAGGAAGGCCGCGCCCGCGUCCACUGCCAGUAAAUUUUCCCGGAAACUUCCCGGGAAGUUUUCCGGGAAGGUUUCCCGGAGGUGGAAGCCGGUUCCCCCCUAACUUCGGAAGGCUUGGAAGCUUCAGGCAGGGAUAAUAUCAUGAUGAAUAAGUAAUCGGGAGGAGAGGCCAACGACGCCGGAGCGACUGCUUGAAAAAAGCCAUCGCAUGCAUAUAUGCUGGAACUUCACAGCGUCAAGAAAUCAUCUGGCAUUCGAAGUCAAUCCUUCAGUCUUCAUUGCUAUGUGCUCUAAUUAAAUAUAUUUCUUCGGCACCCAAGUAACGUUGGAGAUGACAACAUUGUUGCCGCACCUUGUGUGUAUGUUGACACAUCAUGAUGAUAUUGUUAUUGCUAUAUUUUUAAUGAGGAGGGUUCACCCAUCUGAUCAUUCCCAUGACCUACCGUCACCUGCGCUCAGAGAUAUGCAACACUACGGAUGUCGUUAAUCAUAUGAUGACAAUAAAUGGAUGUUUUUCA